AUGGCCAUCUCAAAAGCUUUGAUCCUUAGCAUCCUCGGGUGCCUCUACUUCUGCAGUUCGGUCCUAGCAGCUCGGGAGCUCAACGAUGACUUGUCGAUGGUGGCAAGGCACGAGAGUUGGAUGGUGCAGUACAACCGUGUGUACAAGGACACUACUGAGAAGGCACAACGAUUUCAGGUGUUCAAGGCCAAUGUCGGGUUCAUCGAGUCGUUUAACACUGAGAACUGCAAGUUCUAUUUGGGCAUCAAUCAGUUCACUGACCUAACCAACAAGGAGUUCAAGGCGACAAAGGCUAACAAGGGAUACAAACCAAGCUUGGAGAGGGUUCCUACCGGAUUCAGGUACGAGAAUGUAAGUCUCGUUGCACUUCCGGAAACCGUAGACUGGAGGACCAAAGGUGCAGUUACUCCCAUCAAGGAUCAGGGCCAAUGUGGUUGUUGUUGGGCAUUUUCUGCUGUCGCUGCUACGGAGGGCAUCGUUAAGCUCAAAACUGGCAAGCUUAUCUCAUUGUCGGAGCAAGAGUUGGUGGAUUGUGAUGUCCAUGGCGAAGACCAAGGUUGUGAAGGAGGGCUCAUGGACGAUGCCUUUAAAUUCAUUAUCAAGAAUGGCGGUCUCACCACCGAGUCCAACUACCCAUAUACCGCGGCAGAUGACAAGUGCAAGAGUGGAACCAAUGGUGCCGCAACCAUCAAAAGCUAUGAGGAUGUUCCAGCCAACAACGAGGGAGCCCUCAUGCAAGCCGUCGCAAGUCAACCCGUCUCGGUAGCUGUAGAUGGAGGAGAUAUGACGUUCCAGUUUUACAAAGGUGGAGUGAUGACUGGCUCAUGUGGCACUGACCUAGACCAUGGUAUUGCAGCUAUUGGUUAUGGCAAGACCAGCGACGGCACAAAGUAUUGGUUGUUGAAGAAUUCAUGGGGAACAACAUGGGGCGAGAACGGAUAUUUAAGAAUGGAGAAGGACAUCACCGACAAGAGAGGCAUGUGUGGCCUUGCCAUGGAGCCUUCUUACCCCACUGCAUAGAAAGAGUGUCCUAUGCCAAAUAUCCUCCUACGCACAAAAAUAUCAAAUAAUUGCACACAUCCAUUUUAAUUAAGUAUAGUUUGUAUCUGUAUCUAAAUUAUGUACAAACUUAUGGCUUGUAUAGUAUUUCAUAUUCCAUGAAUAUGAUGUAAAUUAUGCCACAUAUAUAAAGAUUGAUGAAGAAUUUGUGUUAGCUAUAUAUUUUGGAGAUUGUGAAUUGUGCUGCCUCUUGUGCCUUCAUGCUUGUAUAUUUCGGGGUAUUUGAGUAGUUCAUGUUUUUAAGAUAAUCUUGGAACCAUAUAAACAAUAUGUGAAAAUGGUGGGGUUGAUUUUUGUAAAUAAAUGCUCAAGCGUGAAGGUGGAACGAAAUGAUGAAUGUCAAUUCGUGAAUGUUGAGUUAAUGAAUUAUGAUGGACCAUUCUCUCCCCCAAUCCCCGUUGUCUUGGUCCUUCAACCCUCAACACCAGGCUCCUCUCCCCAACCCACAACGGUAGCCGCAUGCCUCCCGCAUGUACUAAAAUUCAACAAACUAAAACUUGUGCCUUCUCGUAGAGUUGCAGUAGUAUGCGAAGGACUGGCGUGUGCGCGUUCAAGGUCGCACCGUGUUAAGUCUGUGCUGCGAGGUUCCAAACGUGGACAACCAGUGUUCCAGCAAAUAUACUCAGGCUUGUUGUGAUAUCCAAAAGAAAAAAAA